AAGACUUACGUUGCAUCUGAAGAGGAUUACACAUACCGCAUUAUAUUUGGCUAUACUCCUGUUCGGGAUGAUGGAGUCGUGGGAGAUCUCGUUGUUUCCGAGCCCAGCAAGGUCAUAUAUCCAGAGCUUCCUCGUGUGCAAAAAUUCGUCCUUUCUGGGAAAGUGAUCGAGGGAGAAGUUCUAACUGCUUUGGAAGUUAUGCCAAAGGGAGAGACACAACAGCGGGUGUGGGACAAGUACAAAAAGGAAAUCAAGUAUCAAUGGUCGCGCUCGACUGAGCCUGGCUCAGCCGAUUUCGAACCGAUUUCCCAGCAACGCUCGUGCACCUAUAAAGUGAGGCUGGAGGAUAUUGGAUAUUUGUUAUGUUGCGAAUGCGUGAUAUACGACGUCUUUGGGCGUUCCACUGAUCCAAUUUCUAGUACAACACCAGCCGUGCAACCAGCCUUUCCUCGUAUUGAUAAGUUGGAGAUAGAAGGCCGUGGCUUUCACACAAACUUAUAUGCUGUUAGGGGCAUAUACGUCGGCGGCCGAGAAGGAAAGAGCUCCAUUCAAUGGUUUAGAGCAAUGGCUGGUAGUCCGGAUCUCAUUCCCAUUCCAGGAGAGACCGGGCGCAUGUAUGAAGCAAAUGUGGACGAUGUUGGAUACAGAUUGGUGGCUAUUUAUACUCCAGUCCGGGAGGACGGCGUAGAAGGCAACCCCACCUCGGCUUCAACUGAUCCUAUAGAAGUUGAACCGGAAGUUGCGAAAGAAGUGAAGCAAAAGCUCGAGCUUGGAGCAGUCAAGUUUGAGGUUCUCCGGGACAGGGAUCGAUCGCCCGCUAGUGGGCCACAACAGCAGCAGGCACUGGGCAGCCUAGAGAGACGCAUCCUUGAUAUCAAUCGCAAGAGAAUAAAAGUGAUCAAGCCGGGCUCCAAAACGUCGUUCCCGUACACGGAAAUUCGAGGCACAUAUGCCCCACCUUUCCAUGUAAGUUGCAAUCUUUUAUAGUCCUUCGUGUUUCUC